UGAGCGUCUGCAGCAAGACUCCACCAUAGCAUCAUGGAGGGCUUAUUCUACAACGUCAAAUACGGCUACAUCGAGGGCGUGGUGCGCGGCUACCGCAAUGCGCUGCUCACCAGCCAGAACUACAGCAACUUGACACAGUGCGAGACCAUCGACGAUGUCAAGCUGCAACUCUCACCUGCGUACGGGGACUUUCUCGCCUCUCUACCUCCAAAUCCUUCGACGUCUGCGCUCGCCGCCAAAACCACCGACAAGCUCGUUGCCGAGUUCCGUUACGUUCAGGCCAACGCCACCGGCUCUCUGUCGAAGUUCAUGGAAUAUCUGACCUACGGAUACAUGAUCGACAAUGUUGCGCUGUUGAUCACUGGUACGCUGCACGAGAGGGACACGCGUGAGCUGUUGGAGAGAUGCCACCCUCUUGGCUGGUUCGAGACAAUGCCGGUGUUGUGUGUGGCCACCAAUAUCGAGGAGCUUUACAACUCUGUUCUGAUCGAGACACCGCUUGCGCCCUACUUCAAGGGCUCGCUCAGCCACCAGGACCUCGACGAGUUGAACAUCGAGAUCAUCCGCAACACUCUGUACAAGAACUACCUCGAGGACUUCCACAACUGGGUCAACACCGACCCCGAGAUCGCCGGAACACCGACAUCUGACGUCAUGUCAGAGGUUCUCGAGUUCGAGGCUGAUCGCAGGAGCAUCAACAUCUCGCUGAACUCGUUCGGCACCGAGCUCUCCAAGGCAGACAGGAAGAAGCUGUAUCCUGCCUUUGGUAAGCUGCACCCUGAGGGAACUAUGAUGCUCUCACGAGCAGAUGACGUUGAAGGUGUGCGCAUUGCUGUGGAGAGCGUUGCAGAGUACAAGAGCUUCUUCGACCAAACAGGGCUCAGCCAGGGUGGUGGUGGCGCUGUUGGCAACAUGGCAGGCGGUACAGGCGGCGAGUCUAAGAGCUUGGAAGACCUUUUCUACCAGAAAGAGAUGGAGAUCUCCAAAUUGGCAUUUACACACCAAUUCACACACGCUGUCGUCUACGCGUGGGUGAAGCUGCGCGAACAGGAAAUCCGCAACAUCACCUGGAUAGCCGAGUGUAUUGCGCAGAACCAGAAAGAGCGCAUCGGUAACUACAUCAGUGUGUUCUGAGCUCAGCAUCCGUCGCAGUUGUAGCAUAUUUCAUUUGACCAUGCAGCGUAUUGGGUGGCGUCAAGGUUCGGUUCGUAUAUCCAGACUCGGUCCAUUAAAAUGUACAUGUCCGUGAAUGCG